ACAAAACAGCUGUUUUGGUUUGUUUUUUUUCGGACUUAUUUGGCAAAUUCUCAUAAAUUUUUAAAAAUACUUUUAAAAGUAACGUUAGAUAAAUUAUGUCCGAGAAACGUACCUUGAUUCAUUGGUUCCGCAAAGGCUUGCGGGUGCAUGAUAAUCCCGCUUUAAAGACAGUUUUUGACAAGGCUCAACAGCAGCCGGACAAAUAUUGUGUACGUCCAAUAUUCAUACUGGAUCCUGGUAUAAUAGAGUGGUUAAGAGUGGGAGCAAAUCGCUGGCGUUUUCUGCAACAGUCUCUGGAAGAUUUGCAUCAACAGCUGAUUACUUUAAACUCCCGACUUUAUGUUGUUAGAGGAAAUCCUAAAAAUGUCUUUCCCCGCCUUUUUGAGGAAUGGCAAACAGAGCUUUUAACAUUUGAAGAAGACAUAGAACCUUAUAGUCUUAAACGCGAUAAAGAAAUUCAAGAAUUAGCUAAACAAUUUAAGGUACAAGUAUCAACCUACUGUUCCCAUACAGUUUAUAAUCCUCACGUUGUGAUACAAAAGAAUCAGGGCAAAGCUCCCCUUACAUAUCAGAAAUUUUUGUCCCUGGUAGAAAAAAUAAAAGUGCCUUUACCAGAGGACAAACCAAUAAAAUUAACAUGUUCCUUGCCUGCAAAAGAUACCUGGGAGCUUAAAGAUGAAAAUUGUUAUGACGUGCCUACUUUAAAGGAUUUAGUAAAAAAGCUGGAAGAUUUAGGACCCUUAAAAUUUCCAGGAGGUGAAACAGAGGCCUUAAAACGUUUAACCGCCUCCAUGGCUGAUGAAUCUUGGGUGGCUGCAUUUGAGAAACCUAAAACCUAUCCAAAUUCCUUAGAGCCCAGCACUACAGUAUUAAGUCCUUAUUUAAAAUUUGGCUGUUUAAGUUCACGGCUUUUCUAUCAGCAAUUAAAUGCAAUUUUAAAACGACAACCCAAACAUUCCAAACCGCCAGUUUCCCUAAUGGGACAGUUAAUGUGGCGUGAAUUUUAUUACACAGCUGCUGCUUAUGAGCCAAAUUUUGAUCGUAUGAUGGGCAAUUCCUUUUGUCUACAAAUACCCUGGCAAACUAAUGAUAAGCACUUGGAAGCUUGGACAUUUGCUCGCACUGGUUAUCCCUUUAUAGAUGCCAUUAUGCGUCAACUAAGACAAGAAGGUUGGAUACAUCAUUUAGCCCGACAUGCUGUGGCUUGUUUUCUGACACGCGGUGAUCUUUGGAUCUCUUGGGAAGAGGGUCAAAAGGUAUUUGAAGAACUUUUACUCGAUCAAGAUUGGGCUCUUAAUGCCGGUAAUUGGAUGUGGCUUUCAGCUUCUGCUUUCUUUCAUCAAUAUUUUCGAGUUUAUAGUCCGGUGGCAUUUGGCAAGAAAACUGAUCCCACUGGUUCAUACAUACGUAAAUAUAUACCUGAGUUGGCCAAAUAUCCAGCCGGUGCUAUUUAUGAACCCUGGAAGGUUUCAUUAGCUGACCAGCGUAAAUAUGAUUGUAUUUUGGGUACUGACUAUCCACAUCGUAUUGUAAAUCAUGAUAUUGUACACAAAGAGAAUAUUAAACGCAUGACUGCAGCCUAUAAAGUAAAUCGAGAAGUUAAAACGGGCAAACCGGAAGAUGAUGAUGAGAAUAGUGAGGAGCAAGUGGGUAAAAGAAAAUCGAAUAAAACAACUUCAACUACAUCGGCUCCUAAGAAAAGAAAGAAAAAUUAAGGUAAAUAUUUUAUUUAUUUCGAAUAUUGUAUAAUUUUUAUAUAUCAGGGAAAAUGGGUCAUGUGUAGUUAAGCAAGUUAUUUCAAAUUUAUUGAAAAUUUCUUUUUUUUAUAAAAUGAAGUCCUUAUACUUUAUAAAUAGCUAAAACUUA